AUGGAUCCUCAGCAGCAGCAGUCCAUCCACCUCGCCGCUGGUGCUUCGCCAGCUGGCUCAUCUGCAAAGGCAACGCCGCCGCCGCAGUGUGACCAUGAGCGCAUGGUCGUCGGCAACAUGUGCCCUUCUCUCUAUCUCGCCGUCUACAAAGGGAGGAUGGCCGAGGUCACGGCGCGGCUUCUGCAACAACACGCCGCGGCUGCGAUAGACUAUCGAGGCACUGGCAUUGUUAUUCACGGACAGUGCGACAUACUUGAGUUGACUGCGGAGAGGAAAACCGUUGUACACGUGGCUGCGGAGCAAGGGCACCAUGAGCUGAUCCGGGAGCUCUACCUCAGGUUCAGGGAUCAGGGCCUCCUCUCUCGCCAGAACUCGGCGCUGGACACGCCGCUGCAUUGCGCGGCGAGGGCUGGGCACGCCAGGGCAGUCGCGGUCCUCGUCGAGCUGGCCAGGGACCGUGGCGUGAACAUUGUGGGCUGCAAGAAUGAGGCAGGGGACACGGCCCUCCACCUGGCGGCGAGGCACGGGCACGGCGCUAUUGUGGAGGUGCUGGUCUCGGCGGCGGCAGAACCGGCGGCCGAGCUGAACAACGCCGGCGUGUCGCCGUUGUACUUGGCAGUAAUCAGCGGCUCGGUGCCAGCAGUCAGAGCGAUUAUUACCAAGUGCAAGGACGCGUCAUCGAUGGGGCCAAGCGCACAGAAUGCUCUGCACGCUGCCGUUUUCCAGAGCUCAGAAAUGGUUCACCUGCUACUGGAAUGGAGGCCAGCUCUGGCCGACCAAGUCGAUAGCAGCGGCAGCAGCCCGCUCCAUUUCGCUUCGUCGGACGGUGAUCGCAGCAUCGUGCGUGCAAUCCUGCGCGCCGGGCCGCCGGGAACGGUGUACAAGAAGGACUCGAGCGGGCUGUCGGCUCUCCACGUCGCGGCGCGAAUGGGGCACCGCGGCGUGGUCAAGGACAUGCUAGAGAGCUGCCCCGACGCCGCCGACCUCCGCGACGGCGACGGAGGGACCUUCCUGCACGCCGCGGCAAGGGAGAAGCGCUCCUCAUCGGUGGUGUCCCUCGCCAUCAAAAACCCCAUGCUGCGCGCGCGGGGGCUCCUGGACGCGCAGGACAGGGACGGGAACACGCCGCUCCACCUCGCGGUGGCCGCGGGGACGCCCGACGUCGCGGAAGCCCUUCUCCGGGAGGGCAAGGUGCGCGCCGACGUCCUGAACCACGACGGGCGCACGCCGUUUGAUCUCGUCGAGGGAUCGACCAGCUUCUUCACCACGGUGAGCCUCGUGGUGACGCUGUUCGCUUACGGGGCACUGCUCCGGCCGCAGAGGCAGGACUGCAACAAGACGCAGUGGAGCAACCGCCACGUAGUGGAGGGGAUCGGGAAGGCGUCCGACAGCUUCGCGGUGGUGGCGCAGCUGAUUGCCACCGCCGCCUUCGCCGCGGGGUUCAACCUGCCGGGCGGGUACGGCGACGGCACGGGCAAGUCGAACCUCUCGUCGGCGGGCAGGGCCUCGUUCAAGUACUUCCUCGUCCUGGACACCCUGGCCCUGGCGACGGCCGUGGUCGCCGUGAUCUUGCUCAUCUACGGGAAGGCGGCGUCGGCGUCGGCGUCGCUUUCCGCCGACGGCCGCUCGUGGAAGAGCUUCGUGAGGGCGCUGCAGUGCAUGUGGGCGUCGCUCUUCAGCUUGAUGCUGGCCUUCUACGCGGCUCUGUACGCGGCGCAUGCCGGCAUCCGUCUCCUCUUGACGAUUAUAUACCUGUGCGUCAGUGUCGUGCAAAUCAUCAUCACGAACUGGAUCAUGCCUGCGACGACGUGGCGCACCAUCUUGAGGUUUCAGUGGCAGUGCUUUCACUCCAAAGGAAGGCAUGCGAUCAAGCGGCAGUAUCCGCUCGCCGGCGCUUUCGUGCUCAAUUUCUGCCUCUUUUCAGUUGCAAGUUUCCUGGUGUCUUUCGUUUUUGGAGUCCUCUUCAGUGUUGAGACAAAUAACGCAUAUCUGAUUAGCUAG